GGACGGAUACGGAGCAGGCCAGGGCAGGGCAGCCGCGGGGAGCCCAGCGGGGCGGCCGGGAGAGCGGCGGGCAGGCAGGUGUAAUGGAACAACUGCAGGAUCCAGUUAUGCCAGAAGAUGCAAAUAUUAAAGCUAUUAAUGAAGAGUACAGGAAAGCCUUUAUUUUUAUCAAUAAAGGACUGAAUACAGAUGAACUGGGUCAGAAGGAAGAGGCAAGAAGUUACUAUAAGAAAGGGCUUGACCACUUGCUCCGAGGAGUUAGCAUUCCAUCAGAGGGUCCUGCGUGUGUAGGGUCCCAGUGGGAGUCUGCCAGGCAAAUGCAGCAGAAGAUGAGGGAGACCCUGCAAAAUGUUCAUGCUCGACUCAGCAGUCUAGAGCAAAACACCCCACCUGUACAAGCAAGUCCUGCUACGAUGGAUGCCCCUCCUGGAGUGCCCAAGUUAUAUCCAUCCAUUCCUUCCAAAGAAAAGCCAGAAAGACCACCUACCCCUAAUUCUCUGUUUGCACCAAGUCAACCAUCUGCAGCAGAUGGAGGUGUUGCAGCUGUGAGCCAGGGUCAAAUUCCAGCUAUGAGUCCAUCCUCUGGAAAACCUCUCUGUCUGCCAAAUGAAGCACCUCCUGCCUAUACUCCUCAAGCUACCAACGGCCAUUUUACUGUGUCUUAUGGCACAGACUCUGGAGAGUUUUCUUCUGUAGGUGAGGACUAUUACAACAAAUGUACUCAGCCACCUCCCCUGGAAAACCUGGGAGUGGAUGCAGACGAGCUGAUCUUGAUUCCCCACGGAGUACAGAUAUUUUUUGUGACUCCUGAUGGGCAGGUUAGUGCUCCUUCAUAUCCUGGAUAUCUACGCAUUGUGAAGUUCUUGGAUACAGAUAGUGAAGCAGCUCAGAAUCGUCCACCUGCAUUUCUUCAGGUUUGUGACUGGUUGUAUCCUCUAAUGUGUAACCAGUCUCCUGUUCUGUGCUGCAGUACUGGAGUCUACAUGUUCCCUGACACAAUGUCCCAGAUACCAGGGUCCUAUGUAGGAGUAGUGCUGUCUUCAGAACUACCAGCAGCUGACAGAGAGCUGUUUGAGGAUCUCUUAAAACAGAUGUCUGACCUUCGAAUCCAGGUGCCAGGAUCCCAUGAGAGAUUAGGGUUAUCUUCAGAGCUCCCAGCAACUGAGAGAGCGCAUUUUGAAGAUAAAUUUAAACAGAUGUCUGGCCACAAAGUCCAGCCUUCAGAAGCCUCUAGUGAUGCAGUUAACUUGCCUCAGACUGUACAUAUCCCACCACAACCUGAAGGAGCAGAAAAUCAGAAAGAGUUACCAGAAUGGAGUGAGAAGGUUGCCCAUGGUAUCUUGUCAGGUGCAUCUUGGGUAAGCUGGGGCCUAAUGAAAGGAGCAGAAUAUACUGGUAAAGCUAUUCACAAAGGAGCUUCUAAACUGCGAGAACACCUUCAACCAGAAGAAAAACCUGUGGAAGUCAAUCCAACUGUAGCAAAGGGACUUCAUGUAGCAAAACAGGCUACUGGAGGAGCUGUGAAAGUCAGCCAAUUCUUAGUUGAAGGAGUAUGUUCUAUAGCGAGCUGUGUCGGAAGGGAGUUGGCUCCACAUGUGAAGAAGCAUGGCAGCAAAUUAGUUCCAGAAUCCCUUAAGAAAGAUAAAGAUGGCAAAUCCACUUUUGAUGGUGCUCUGGUUGUAGCAGCAAGUGGAGUUCAAGGGUUUUCAACAGUGUGGCAAGGUUUAGAAAGUGCAGCGAAGUGCAUUGCUAAAAGUGUUUCAACUGAGACUGUAAAAACUGUCAAAUACAAGUAUGGAGAGGAUGCUGGCCAUGCUACAGACAAUGCUAUGAAUUCUGCAAUCAAUGUUGGUGUGACAGCAUUUAACAUUGACAAUAUUGGUAUCAAAGCUGUUGUAAAGAGAACUGCAAAGGAAACUGGCCAUGCUGUGCUAGAUGAAUAUAAAGUACUGGAUAAUGAGAAGAAGGGUAAAAAAUGAAAGCAAUUAAAUAUUUCUCAAAGCCUUACAUUCGAGAUGAAACUUCCUAUUUAUAAGUAACUGCAUUGCUCAUCUGCAAUUGAACAUAAAUCACACUGUACUUUCCAAGCAACUGUUACUUAAUUUGACAUGAAAAUGUAAAAAUAGGGAGAGCAUUCGUAGAAGGAAAAAUGAAAGUUGUCAACUCCUUGUUCUGUAUUGAACAAGAAUUUUAAACAACUGGAUCAGGACUUUAGGCAGCUGGAAGAUUAUGAGUUUGCAGUUCAUAUACUUGGCUCUGUAAGCACUUUUUCAAAAUAAUAUAUGGAAUAAUAGAUUAAUAUAGUAAUACUAUUGUGAAUAUUUUUGUAACACUUUAUAAAGAAGGUGAUGAUACUGAAAAAGUAGGAUUACUAAUUCUGGAACAAGUAGAAUUAUUAGUUUUGGGUUUAUAACGAUCCUUGAGUUAGUUUUACUAACCUAGCCUUGUCUUAUCUAAUAUGCAUUGCUAAAAUAAGCAUUGGGUUUAAUUGUUUUAUAGAGAAUUUAUCUUUUCAGCUACCAAACAGCUAAUCUUAUCCAAAGUUCAUGUUAGGAGAAAUGAAAGAUGAACCUCAGGUAACUAGGCAGUUAUUCCCUUUUAAACUUUUUUUUUUUCAUCCAGCAUAUAAGUAAACCAAAGAUACCAAGCAUUUCUUUUAAAAGAUAGUAUUUAGAGCUCUAGAAAAAUGCAUUUUCCACUUGACUCCAUAAGGAAUAUACAAAGAUUCUUUGAAAUUCAGAUUUUUAUGUAGAGAGGAGAAGUAUGUUUUUGCAUAAAUUAUUUUUCUGUGAAAAUAUUCUGUAGAAUGCACCAGGAACUUCUGUGCAUUCUGUACUUUGCAGGCAAUCCAGAAGGAUUCAGAUUAUAUAUCAUGGCCUCCUAAUGGAAGACAGUAUAUAUUUGAACAAAUAGUUCUAACAGUCAUCAUCUUUAUUCCAUUAAAUUCAUAGUUGCACAAGGGUAUGAAGUCUUUAAAAAGGGUACAAAGGCAAGCCCUUUUAAUGGAGAGAGGUGUGUAGAAUAGAUGCAACUGUGUAGAUUUGCAAUCCUCUUUGUAGCCCAGUGUAAAAUAACUCAGUAUGUCAAAUCCUUGAAAUGCUUUGGCACCGCUACUUAUUUAACAGUUCACUGUUGAGUUUUAAAGCUGCUGCAUAUUCUAAUAUUGGCUGUACCUGCAACAAACAGAACGCCAUCAAUUUACAACUUAUCUCCAUUUCAUGUAAAUGGAGAAAAUAACUAAAUGGUUGUUAGCAAGUGAUAUUUGUAUCAGAUUAAAAAAAAAAACACAGUAACAACUAAUGUCUAUUAAAAUGGUAAUAGGUGCACAUUUUGUGGUAGCUGCUGUAGGGUGAGAAAUGUGAAACACAAGGAUCUAACCACUUGAAGUCUAACUUUGAUUUAUGGAAAUAAAGAUGAAAUUAAAAUUGGUUAAUCUGUUCUUGACCUUUUUAUGACAGGAAGCUUCUGUACAGAUCAGUGAGUGGAAAAACUAGGACUUUUGAAGUAAUAAAAUAACAGUAUUGGGGUAUGUCUGCAAUA